AUAACUUUUUUUUUCCAUGGCGAUCGAAGGAUCGCACGCCAGUGACGAUAAACCAUAUGAGUUCUCCUUCCUCUUUUUUACCCCUUCCAUUCCCUUGAUCUUGUUUCCUGUGUCUAUUUGCCGAGUUCUAAACCGUUGGGUUUUUGUUUGUUGGUUUUUCCCAUUUUCUUUACUGUAUGUGUGUGUCAUGUUCGUUUGGGAAGAUCCGCCUCUUGCGGGAUGGAUUAUCUCGUCCAUCCCUUUUUAUUCGCCCCCAUCUCUUAUGUCAUAAUAAUUAUAGACAUGUAUUGAGAACAAAACACAAAAAAAAUUAAGAAACAAAACAAUAAAAAAAAAAAAAGCGAACACAUUUACUAUGAUACGAAAUGGGAGAAAAUGUUCAGUAGAAAACUAUUCCAACCGGUAUCCCUUUUCUUUUUGCCAAUUACUAUUAUUUAUUUUUAUUUUAUUGAUUUGUUACGUUAUUUUUGAUUUAUUUCAUUUACUUUUUAUUCUCUUUUCCCCAUUAGGUUUUUAAUGUCAAAACGGGUCGAGAGGGCUGAAUAUCGAUCUUUUCCGUCAAAAGUCGGCUCAUUCCCUAAUUGUUGCCUGGAUUAUUCAUCUGCGGUUUGCCGAAUUUCCCUGAUGUUUUCCCGAUCGAUACGUGGGAGUGUGGGUGUUGGUGUUGGUGGUGACUCUUGAAAACGAGGUCGCCGCUGUUGUGUCAAUAGUAGUAUCUUUUUUCUCGCUUCUUUCUUUUUGCCUUUUACUCGUCGCAAAGUUUUUGAGGAUGAAAUGUUUCUAUUAUUUUUAUUUUUUAUUAGCAUUAUUUUCGUUGAACGUCACUCGGAAAAAGCAUCCGAGUCCUCUGCCAAGUAAAUGGGAGCAAAAUGAGGACGAUCAAUCCUUUUCAUUUUUCCCAAGUGGAUUAUAUAUCGAUGAUCCAUUUCCCUCGUCUUCCUGAGGUGACGUAACCAGCGAUUGUUUGUACGCAAGGACGAAUAGCGUUGUCAUCGAGAUGCCCUACAUUCAUCCCUUCUCUGCUGAAGAAGAGAACAGUUAUUUAUGGUGGCCCAUCAAGAGAAGAAAAACAAUCGAUCCUGGCUCCGCAUUUGGAGAGUUUUAAUGCUGAAUUAUGGACAAGCUCCACUGUCUUGACUCCUAACUCUGUUUUGUUUUCACGAGAGAGUUGGAAGCGAUAUCACAAAGUGGCUGGUUUCCGUUGUCUCUACGGGAGUCAGCCAAAAGCGGGGGUAAUGAGGUUUUUAUGGAAAUGAGGUUCUAUUGACAUUCAGCUUGAGAAAAGAAGAAAGAAGUUACGGUUUUCGUGUGAGCUGUGGAGUUGACUUAUUUCCCAAGCAUAACAACACUUAAACAUACCGAAACUCACUACACUCACAUCAAAGUUGGAGGGCGUUGAGCUAUUUCGGAUUAUCCUUCCAUCAAGUCAAAAGCGGAGCCAUUUCAGCACACUGCCAUGUAUGACUUCCAGUAUUUCAAUGAAACAAAGUUAGUGUACAGCGCGCGUGGCAUUUCCUCUUGGGAACUUGCCCACCAACUCGACACACAAACAGAAACUGGCUACGGUGGGAAAAACACGGACGUAGCCUUUCUUAAAGAUGCGUAGAAAGAGUUUUCGUUUGCUAUCGAAAGACUUCUUUUAGUCAAUCGAUAAAAUACAAGUGUAUGGAGAGAGAAACAGUACGACAACAACUUGCCGGCGUGACUAGUUAGUGAGGGGGCGGAUGGAGUAAAUAUCCGGUUCUGCAGCCACCGUGACACAGUGGGCGGCAAUGACGAUCGAUCGUGCAAACAUGACGGUCGGUUAUAUGUCGGCCGUUCCAUUUUUCAAGUCAAAUAUUUAUACCAAUGAUCCUUCAUUUAAUGGUAAUAGCCUGUAACCAUGCAAUGGCGGUCAUGACGUUCCAGUUUAAAGCGCUGGAAUUUGUGGAUUUCCAUUCUUGCUCAUGGACUCAGGGCGUAGGUGAACCCCCUCGAAUAAGAAAAAAGGCGCCUUUGCUAUACAUCCGGAAUAAGUAGACGAGGCGGAUUGUGAGAAAAGAUAGCGAAUAAGAGCCCGAUAGAUAUGGAUGGGCAAAGUGAAAGAGCGCUUGCGCUAGAUCAAAAGAAGGCGGCAGGUUUCAUUGAUCGUGCAGCAGCACAGUCAGUCGAGUCCUCUUUCCGCUUUUGCUCCGCUGUGGGGUCUCGCUCUUUUUUUCUUGCGUCUCUACGCACAGCCUCCUCCCUUCUUCUUCCAGUAUAUUGUCCAGACGAGAGCUGAUUACCCGUUGCCUAUUCUGCCCCUUUUCCCUCAAGCAUCGCGUUAUCCGUCCAACUGGCUUCUCCAAGCAUUUGCGCCACCUUUUUUAGUAUUCUUGGCGGCAUUUUCCUGAUAUGAGCUGAUUCAACUCCCUUUUCUCGUCUUCACCUUCCAGAAAGAAAUGUACACACUUGGGUGACCCUCUCCUCCCAGCUGACUGGGCGUUUUUUUUUUUUUGCCACGCGGGCAGUGGUGGUGUUCAAGCAUCCCUACGGUAGAAUCCACCAGUCGUCGAAGGGAUAGCCGAUCGACCAGACCGGUCUGUGACGUACUUUCUAGGUACCAUUCGUAUUGGGGAGUAUUGUGUUGGAUAAGUAAAACGGCCAUAAGCGAAAAAGAGAAUGUCGGCGAGAUGAAGAAAAGUUUCUUUUGCACCAUGAAACCGGAUUGAGCUACUGAGUGCGACCCUCAUCAGAAAUUGAUCUUCUACCAUCCGGAAGAUUGGUUGAAAGGAAAAGAAUAGUCGCCCGCAUCAUCUUUUUGUGCGCACUCUUUCUCGCUCUCUUCUAUAUGUGGAUGUGCAUUACUUGUUCGAUCGACUGUGAACGGAGGGGAUGAUCUAACAGGAGGCAGAGCCAUUGAGCUCGGUGAGGAUGAAGAAGCAGAACGUUCGUACUCUUUCACUAAUCGUCUGCACCUUCACCUACCUGCUGAUCGGCGCCGCCAUCUUCGACGCCCUGGAAUCUGACAACGAAGCCAAAAACGCACAAGUUCUUAGAGAAAUGGAAAACAUGAUUAAAGAAAGGUAUGGCAUCGUGGAUCGAGAUUAUAGGCUGAUGGAAGUUAUGGUGUUGAAAGGAGCUCCUCAUUACGCCGGCAAACAAUGGAAAUUUGCCGGUGCCUUCUAUUACGCCACGACAGUCUUAACGACUAUAGGUUACGGACAUUCAACGCCUCACACGAUAGGCGGCAAAUUGUUCACCAUGGCCUACGCUUUAGUUGGCAUUCCAUUGGGUUUAGUCAUGUUCCAGAGCAUCGGCGAACGGCUCAAUAACUUCUCAUCUUUCGUCAUACGCAACGUCAAACGCGUCCUCAAAUACGACAGCAUCGAAGCGUCGGAGACCAACCUAAUCCUCGUCGUGACGGCAAUCACGACGAUUACGAUAUCGGGUGGAGCGGCGGCCUUUUCCAAAUACGAAGGAUGGACCUACUUUGAUUCGAUUUACUACUGCUUUGUGACACUAACGACGAUUGGUUUCGGCGACAUGGUGGCUCUCCAACAGGAUAAUGCCCUGACGGACAAGCCGGAAUACGUGGCUUUUGUUCUCAUUUUCAUUUUGUUUGGAUUGGCUAUUGUUGCCGCUUGCCUCAAUCUCCUCGUUCUUCGGCUUGUUACGCUGAACACGGAAGACGAACGAAGAGACGAAGCUGCAGCUGUCAAGGCGGCGCAAGGAGCUGUCCGUCUUGAAGGAGAUGUGAUCACUGCAAAUGGAUCGAUUCUGUCCGGUCAAAUCCCACGAGAACACGGCGGCAUUGGUCUGGCCGGUUCGCUCAUCGAUCUAGAAGAUUCGAAAUCAGUAUGCAGCUGUUCGUGCCAAGUGGCACACAAUCACUGCUUCCCUUGCCUGUCGUUGGUUGCCCGAGGCAAGCGAAACAAGGGCCGUAAGAGCCGAAAGUCUGGCGGAACUGUCUGUGCGGAUUAUUCGUGCGGCCCAAGUUCCGCUUCAAUGGUCGGGCGAAGUUACGGAGCAUUGAGUAACACGGGUACCUACAGCGCUGCUAGUUUAGGCAUUUGUGAUGACACCAUCUUUCUCGAGCGGUACACUCCAGCUAGUGGUGUUGGCGAUGCCAUAGACCCAGAGACCGGCCAUCAGGGAGAGUAUUACGAGCUCCAAAAUGCCGAGUCGUUAGUAUCCGCCCGUCUACGUUCUGGUGUUAUUUACGCUUCAUCUACCAGAUCCUCCAUGACGGCGACUUCACCAUCUCGACUCUAUCCGACGUUGAGAAGCACAGCCAGUGGCGUGGAGAGUCCCACACCUGAUCGAGUACUUACUCGACGUCGCCGGGCAGGAGGACCGACAAUUAAUCUCAGUUUACGUGGAUUGAUUCGACGACUUCGUCAUUUCCGUCGACGGGUGAUGAGCACUUUGCAACAUGGCCGUCCUACCGCUCGCCAACGGGUUUCUCAAGCCCGUUCACGCAAAUCAUCUCUAGCAGCGGCCAAGCAGCGAAGUUGCGUCGUUCAAUCCCCGGCUAAUCUUUUAGCAUCAGUUACCAGUGCUGGGCCACCACCCAUUAAUAUUGGUGGACCGGCUCCUUCUACGGACGAUUCCAUUGAUUGCUUCGUCGAUGUUCCCCUCAACGACAACACUUUUUUGACUUGGUCGUCGUCCGCUCUUGCCGAAAAACGAGCUUCGUAUUAGAAAAGCUGUGCAUGAUAGAAAAAGAAGAACAGUGGAGACUGAAGGAAAAAGGCUUUAUCAACCAAGUGAAAGGCACAAAAAAAUUAAUAAAAUUCAACGAGGAAAGAAGCCAAAAAUUGAGUCAUGAGCACCUCCAGCUAAUAGUUUACAUUUAUUCAUCAUUUUUCGCUAAUUUCCUUCCUAUAAUUCAUCUCCGAGUGUUUUAUAAUGUGUACUUUGCAUUCCGCCACCGAAUCCCGAACCUAAUGCAAUUCUUUUCUUCGAUAUCUUGCGGUCAGACUAUACUUCCAUCUUGUACAGAAUUGUUUUUUGUUUGUUUCGUAAAUUACGAAAUUGUUCGAUUACUUCUCACUGAGCGUUUCAAAAUGUCAAAUACAAUCAAGGAGGAAUUA